UUGAUGGAGAGUCGCGCAAAACUGUGCACAAGGGUCGCUGGGAUAAGGUAUACGAGAUCUGUUUGAAUAGCCUGGGUGCACUGGAAGAUAUUGCCAUGAAGCGACGUCGCAAUUACAUCCUCGAUCAGACGAAUGCACAUGCCUCGGUCCAGAGACGUAAAAUGAAAGGUUUUAUCGACUUCAAGCGUAUUGCGGUUGUUUGCAUACCCGGCGAAGAUGAAUUGAAACGCCGCAUCGCCGAAAAAGAGGAAAAGGGAAAUGCUUUUACAGUUAAAGAAUCAACACUAAAUAACUUACGAGCGAAUUUCACAUUGCCCUCGCUGGAGUUUGGAUGGUUCGAUGACAUCAUCUACACGGAGCUGAGCGGUGACGAGGCCAAGGCUGAGGUCAAGAAAUACAAUGAGAAGGGCAAGAAGGCCACCGAUGCGGACAGAUCGCGGGACAAGCGAUCCCGAGGAGGACGCGAUAACUAUCGCCGUGACGAUCGGCAUCGCAAUCGCAACUUUGACGAUAGACGUCGUGAUCACGCUGGUGGAGGUGGUCAGCGGCACGAGAGUCGUUGGAGUGACUCGAGACGCGGCGGCGGAGGCGCUGGCGGUGGCAGCUACUCCAGUGGCAGCGGAGGAGGCGGCGGUGGUGGUGGAGGUGGCAGUCGCGGUUAUGAUAAUCGCAAUCGCAACUAUGGCAGUGGUGGUGGAGGUGGCGGUGGCCAACAGAAUUGGAUGCAAAACAAUCGCAGAAGCGGCUACGAUGAUCGCGGCUAUGGCGGUGGUGGUGGUGGAGGAGGCGGCGGCGGUGGCGGUGGCAGUCGUGGCUAUGAUAAUCGCAAUCGCGCCUAUGGAGGCAGCGGUGGUGGAGGCGGCAGCGGAGGUGGUGGUGGUGGCCAACAGAAUUGGAUGCAAAACAAUCGUCGAAGUGGCUACGAUGACCGCGGCUAUGGCGGUGGCGGCAGCUCGCGAGAUUAUCGCGAUCGAGAUCGUGGCGGCAAUGAUCGCAAUCGCAUGGGCAGCAACGAUCGCAAUCGGGGCAGCAGCCAGAGCAGCUAUCGCUCCGGUGGUGGCAAUCAUCAACAACGGGAUUUUCGGCAUGGCCACCGCGACACCAAAGAAGAUAGUCGCGGUGGCUAUGAGCGGUCAGCUGCACAAGUGCUGCCCAAAUAUGGCAAUAACUCGUCCCAAGCUGGCUACGAUCAGUACAAGCAUCAGUCGAGUGGCGGCCAACAACACGGCUCCAAAGUAAGCCUAUCUAUAAUAUUUAUAUAUUAA